CCCUGAGCCAAAGAAAAGGCACAGGUCUGCUAAAAAUGAGCUAGUGCUACAUCUGUGGAACUAUUUCCGUUUUUUUGCGAUGAUUUUUCUAAUUUAUUAACGAGCAAUAUCCUAAUGUGUUGCUCUUGUGUGUUAUCCAUCUGAAGUCCAUUUAAAAGGCUCUGUGGCUCGUGUUUAGCCGUAGCUAGCUAACUCACUAGCUAAAGCAGCAUCUGUUUUUGUUGUGGCCUGUUUCUGCGAGGCUGCACUCAAAAGCUGCUCUCAAAACUCAAAGAGAUGGAACACUGUACAAGCUGAACGGACAAAAUGAUUAAUUAAGGCCCAGUGAAUUGUUCAGCUGAGAGGUUUCUGAACUCACUAUGGAGCUGUACUGGUACAUAGUUGUGGUCGUAUUCAUCAUCAUCAAGAUCUUUUUCUAUGUUUGCUGGUACCGGUCCACCCAAAGGCAGCUGGCAGCCUACCUGAGAACUCCUCACAAUGCUCAGAUUGUCAUUGUGGGAGGAAGAGCAUACCUAAAUCAGAUGUGUGAAAGACGGAGUGAGGACUUGUCUGUAGAAGAGGCCUCUUCAGCUCUGCCCACUGCUCCCUCCUUCUCACACCUGGACAUGCCACCUCCAUAUGAUGCUGUUUCUAAUGAGGAAGAGCUGAAGCCCCCUCCAUACAGCGAGUGCACCCGCAGUGACAGUGCAGCAGCAAGCAGAGAAGGAGGCAGCUCUAUAAACAUCACAGAAGCCCCUCCUCCUUAUACCCCGUCUCCACCAAGACAUGCCCCCCCAGCACCUGCACCUGCACUGCCAGAGAACCAGGGCUAGUCCUAUACCUCUCUGAUACGUCCUAAUACCAAUUUGCCUUUCCGCAGACUACUUUUGGGUUAUUGACACACAAAUCUGUAGUUUAGUGAGUGUGUGUGUGUGUGUGUGUGUUUUUUUUGAUACUUCUUCAUAAGGUGCAAUGAGGACAAUAUGUGAUGUCAUCAUUGUACCCUGCUCAUGCCAUAAAGCUGAGGCCAUCGAAGCUGCCCUCAAGCUAUGGCUCUAAAACCCCUUAACGCCAUGGUCAAUCAGUCAUAAAAAUAUUGUAUCCAUAAGCGUUUCUACUUGUUACAAUCCAGUCUGUACGUAUGCAGUACAAUACUUUAAUUUGACAGAAAGAUUAUUUCUGUUGUCAACCUGUUUUGUAAAGGCAAGGCAAGGUAUUUCAAUCAAAUGGGGUUGACUUUUUUUAAGAGACUCAAGUGCCUUUUUAUCACUAGCUGAAAGUGGGUCACAAUGACACUGAUGAUAAAGGGAACGCAGCUUCUAUCAGCUUCGUCGUAGUACAAAUGCACUGUUUUCUCCUAGUCCAUACAAACUGAGAUUUUUCAUGUUUGGUGUUUGUUGUAGAUAUUCUAGUUUUUGCUUUAACAUGUGCGUUUUUUACAUGUGACUGUAUUUCACGUAGCAACAGUGAUGCGAAACUACACAAUACAUUUCACGAUACAUUUCACAAAUCAAACUCCAGUCCGCAAUUUUUUGUCCAUUUAAAAAGAUGCAAGUUUCAUCAUUCACCCAAACCAAAAAGACACCUCGAUUUUAAAUACUUUCAUUUCAUAUCAUAAUUCCGAAAUCUCUGACAGACAUUCCUGCCUGAUUUUGUAUGAAAAAAAAAAAAAUGUAUAAAAGUUUGUUACUGUUCCUGUUGUUGUGUUACCUGCAAAAUAAUUACAAUAUACUUUUCUAA